UUAUACAAAGUUCAUGAAACAGUUUUGUUAACUUAUACUAAUUUACUAAUAUUUUUCAAAUAUGUUAGUUUUCUUUAAAAUAAAAAACUUAAAAAAAACUUUUAACACAUUGCGUUGUUAACUGAACAGUAAAUACACAAUCAACAGUGUUUUGUUUUGAAAGUUGGAACAGGUGGCGUGGUUUUGAAAUCCUGAAAGGACAAUCAAGGGCAUUACGGAAGAAAUGCAGACUCCAUCAUCACCGUCAACAUCAACAAUAACAUUACCACCGAAUUCAAUAUUAUAUGGUGGUGAAAAGAAUAAAGGAGCUGUCAGUCUUGCUGAUUUACUUGAGCGCCGUACACACGGUCUGACAGAACCAGAAACUUGGGCUUUAUUAUGUCAAGCUGUUCAAGCAUUACAAGACUUGUUUCUCUCUGACAGUUGUAGUGUGGGACGAUGUGUUCCAUUAGUUACACCCGGUUCAUUCUUAGUUACGCCCCGCGGUCGUGUAUCAUUGCCAACAUCACGUCGUUUAACUGCAACACCUCCACAAACAGCAUAUUUGGCACCAGAAUAUCGUCCUGGGAAAAAUUUCACCGACACCGAAUCAGAAAAGAUGUGGAUUUUUUCAUUAGGUGAAACCCUUACACGCACUGCUUUAACAAAUCAUUGUGCUGUUACACAUCUAACACCAGCAUUAUGUCGUGCUUUGUCGGCGAUGACCAGACGCAAUCCCACUCAUCGUGCAAACCUCAUGUGUUUAUUAGAUGUAAUAUCCGAUUAUUGUAAAAGUCGCACACAAACCAAACCAUUCUCCCAUAUUGUAAUGGACCUUCAUCGUGAAGUUAUGGAUCGAGGUGCAGUUGUAGUUUGCCACCAAUCACCACCUACAAUGCCUAAUACAUCAUCAUACAUGUAUCCUCAAUACCAUCAUCAACCAGUUUCACCAACUUCCUCAACGUCACAAACUUCCUCAAAGUCAUUCAGACCAUCAUCAGGUGUUAUAGUGACAAGUGGAGGAUGGGGUACACAUUGUGGUGGUGUUGGUCCAGGAAUGGCAGGAACAUUACCACGUCAACACUCAUCGUCAACGUUAAACAAAACUCCAACACGAUCGACUCGACAAAAUUAUAAUGAAGACUAUUUAACAUCACAUCAUGAUAUUCUAGUACAACAGCAACGAAAUGAAAGGCCUAGAUCAUUAUAUAAUAAUAAUAAUUCAACAAAUUCAUUACCGUACAAUGACAAUAUAACGCCUAAUUUAAAUAUUAAUAAGAAUGUGUUAACAGAACAUAAUCAACGAAAACCAUCACAAUCUGAUACAAAUAUUGUAAAGAAACGUCGUAAUCCAAUACAACGUGCUGCAUCACGAUUAUAUAAAGCUUGUGAUGGACCAUCGACUGUACGGCGUAAUAAGAAAAAUUUUAAUGAUUGCAUUGGACCUGAAUUUGUUGUACGUGCCAGUUUACCAACAAAACAAUUAACUGUUGGUGAUUGUAAGCCAUCACUACAACGAAAUAUUACUGUAAUUUUAUUAAAUGGACAAAAAUUAAAUGUCAUAUGUGACCCAAAUACCACAACUGCCGGUGAAAUAUUUCAGGUUGUAAUACAAUCAGAAAAUUUAAAAGAAAACUUCAUGCUGGGACUAUCAGCAUUAAUGUCAGGUGAUUUUAUAUUUCUACCCUCCGAUACACGUGUAUGUAAAGUUGCUACGUUUAAUAAUAAUCAAGCGUGGUCAAUUUUAACAUUAUUCCUUCGGGUAAGGCUGUUUUUACCAAGUUUACGUGGUCUACGUGGGUAUGAAGCAAGACAUGCAUUAUAUUUACAAUUACGACGAAGUAUUUUGGAGCAACAGUUAGCCUGCAAUUUAAAAACAUUAAUUACCAUUGGUGGAUUAGCACUACAAGCAGAAUUCGGCGAUUUUAAAGAAAAAGAACACGGUACAACAGAUUAUUUUUUAUUGGAACACUAUGUUCCCGAGUCAAUGUUAAAUGAAUCGUCAUCGAUUACACUCAAAGAAUUAUUAAUUCAGGCACAUAAAGAUCGAGUGGGUUGUGACAGAGAUCGUGCAGAACAAGAGUUUAUACAACAUGCACAAGCAUUACCACAUUAUGGAGGACAUUUCUAUGCAGCAACUUGGGUAACAACAAAAGAAACACAAUGUAAUAGUAAUGUAUGGUUGUGCGUGACAGCACGUGGAAUAUCAUUAUACGAGCGUACAUCCACAAGUCCAUUAACUUCAUCAAAUAUAUCACCAUGUCAAGCAUUUGAAUGGAGAUCUAUACAAACAUUAUGCUAUAGCAAACAAUUCCUUUGUAUAUUACCACAUUCAGGUGGCAAACAUUCAAGACCUACAAAAUGUAAAUUGAAAAUGGAUCAUAAAAAAAGCUAUUUUACAUUUCGUUUAGCCUCAUUACAUCAUCAAUUUUUCUUACGAUUACGCACCGAAUACAGCUCUUUACAAACUCUGGCCCAAGAAUUUGGUGUACCGUUAAAAGAUGUUAAAAAUGAGACGAAUGCAUUAUGCAAAAUGAAUCCAAUAGCAUCAAAUAAUGAGGAAACACAAUUUAAAAUAUCGUUCCGUACAUCAAGUGUUUCUAGUCAUGGAAGUAGUAGCAAUUCAUCAUCUAAUCAUAAUUCUAAGCAACAGAAAUGCCGACGAUCAAAAAGUGCCACCGAAAUACGUGUACUUAAUGAUAAUAUGCAAUUAGAGGAAUAUCAAAAUAAAGAGAAUGAAAAUCCUCAAAAUAAACAAAGCUUCGGUAGUUUAACACGAGAUGUUAAAAAGGCAUUAAUAUUAGAUAGUAGUCUGUUAUCUGGACUACCAAAUGUUCCAUUGUUUAGUCGUGAACGUAGACAUGGAGUUCUAAUGGGUACUCGCGCGAUUGGAUCAUCGUGUACAUUUCAACCAAGUGAUUUAAAUCAAGUAGUUGCAAUAUCAGACGGGUCAGAUAUAAUGUCUUUGCAUUCUAGUUCACAAGGUGAAUCUUUAACGCAUUAUGGGUCAGAAGGACAAGUGUCUAGUGAAGCCUUUGUUUUAAAUUCGACACUAAGGGCAUCUGACGAAAAAUUUCUUCCCGAUUUUCAUGAAACUAUUAGUGAUUCAUUAAUGGAAAAAUUUGAUAAAUUAUCUUUUGUUGAAGAACGUAUUCUACGAUCGGUUACACUUAUUCGUGAUAAUGUUGGUAGUUUAGGAUUACAAAUUACCGAAGGAUCCGAUGGUAAUGUUUAUGUACAAUCAGUAAUUACAAAUGGACCAGCAGAUAAAUCCAAAUCAAUAUUUAAAGGUGAUCAAAUUGUUGCUGUUGAUGGGCAAUCUUUAUUGAAUUUAUGUUAUGAGGAUGCUUUGAAUUUAUUAAAACAUACAGGAAAAUCUGUAGACUUUGUUUUAUCUCAAUUAUCGAUGAAUGAUGAUCGCCAUCGUUUAGAAAACAAGAACAAAUCAAAAGCAAAUCGUAAUUUAUAUAAAUCAUGUCUGCAAUUAAACAAUCCCACGUUUGAGCGUCCCAAAGCGUCUUUUUUUAAUUCGUGUGCAGAUAUUUCAAAUUUAUCGCCAAAUAAUUCAUUUUUGUCUGCGUCUACAUUCCUGCAAAACGAUACAGUCAUUGAACGUAAUGUUGAUGUAUCAGCCAUAAAUUACGUUGAUUUUUCUGAAACAAGUUUUUAUAAUCCAACAAAAAUCUUACAUCAUCCAACAAGCAUUUGUGGUCAUAAGGAAUCCUCAUACAAUUACCCAAUUGAAAAAAAUUAUUUAAAACACAUACGUUAUGAAACGGCUGCAGAAAUCGAUGGAAUUUAUGGAAACAAUAAUAUACUUUCAUCACGAAUGAAUAAAUCACCAGUGUGUAAUCCACGUAUUUCAAAAUCUUGCGGUACGUUAAAUGAUCCAAAAAUGUUUUUACAUGAUAUUUAUUCAGAUGAUAUACCUAAAUCGCCACAUGAAAUGCAAAAUAUCGAACCAGCUGUUAGUAAGACAGUACCAAAAAUGUCGAAAAGUAUUGAAAAAUUUUUAUAUCAAAACGAUUCAGCCAAAUCAAUAUGUGUAGAUGAUACCAUAUCAUCUGAGGAAGAUUUAAUUGACGAAGUUGGCGGAAAUAAUGCUGAUGUUGUUGCGAAACAAGUAGCAUUACCUCGAAGUUUAGGUUUAAGUCGAAAAUGGAAGGGACCAGUACGCUAUCCAGUUACACCCAUUCGAUAUUCAGCAAGUCGAGUGGCAUCGAUUGGAAUUGAAGGUGGUGAUACUUCAACGUAUUUCGUAACGUCAGAUGAUGAGCAAGUAUUUAUUUAAAAGAAACCAUGGCUCUUUUAACUGUGCCUCCAAAACCACCUGCCCGUAAUAAACGUCGAUCACGCUCAUCGGAACCAAAAUCAUCGGUCACGUCAAAUAAAGAUGACGCCGAUUUUCAAUCUAUCAU